GUAAGAAUCGCAUGAAGAUGGCGAUAUUGUCUUUCUCCACCACCAUUUCUCUUCACGCCACGAUUCUCUUUCUUCUUGCAAACGUCCUUCACGUGGCCCGAGCCAGUGUGCAUUACCAUGACUUCGUACUGAGGGAAACCAACAUUACGAGGAAUUGCACUACCAUGUCCCUUUUGACAGUUAAUGACAGUUUUCCAGGGCCGGUGAUUCGGGUACGCAAAGGUGACCUCGUUUUCGUGAAUGUCCAUAAUCAAGGAGACUACGGUGUCACACUUCAUUGGCAUGGGGUGAAACAACCAAGAAAUCCAUGGUCAGAUGGACCUGAAUACAUUACUCAAUGUCCGAUCAAACCACAGACAAAUUUCACAUAUGAAAUUAAUUUCACCGAUGAGGAAGGAACUCUUUGGUGGCAUGCUCACAGUGAUUGGACGAGAGCUACAGUUCAUGGUGCGAUAGUCAUCCUGCCAAGUGAAGGGUCGAGCUUCCCUUUCCCCAAGCCAGAUGAAGAAGAUAUCAUCGUGCUCAGUAUGUACUUCAGAAAUUUAUUUUUGUUAAUUAAGAUACUAACUAUACUCCCCAUAUUAUUCUCUAAAAGCCUGACUUUUUGAACAAUUUGUACCCUACACGCCAACUUCAAAAGCAUUGAACUUGAGAUGGUGAUCUCACUACCAAUAGAAAUGGCAGUAGGUGAAUGAAACUAUGGGAAACUAGAUAUAGAGAAAAAGAAAACAAUAUAAAAUGUUGAGUUAGCGGUACUGGUUUGUUAAAUAUGUGGAAGUGGGUUGUUGGUUUCUUUGUCUUUUUA